AUGGCGUCCGACAAGCAGAAGAACGCGCUGGCCGUGGCCGCCUGCGCCGCGGCGCUCGCGGGCCUGGGCCUCUGGGCGCGCAGCAAGCAGCAGCAGCGCACGCGCCUGCUCCGCAAGCAGCUGACGCACCUGCGCUUCGACCUGAGCGUGGCCGAGAUCGAGGCCGAGACGCAGCGCAUCCUGGCGCAGAUGAAGCGCGUGGACGACGAGAUCGCGGCGCUCGCGCCGUCCGCCGUCACGUUCGAGAACACGGCGCAGAAGCUCAUCGACCUGGACCACGAGAUGCUCAGCCGCGUGACCAACGUGACGUUCCUCGGGCAGGUGGCGGCCGACAAGGAGACGCGCGACGCCUGCACCAAGGCGGACGAGGCCAUCGAGGACUUCUCCGUGCAGCGCAGCAUGCGCGCGGACGUGUACAAGUCCAUCAACGUGCUCUACAAGAGCGCGGCCUACCAGAAACUGGACAAGGUCACGCAGCGCUACGUGCACCGCCUGGUGCAGGACUACGAGCGCAACGGACUGCAGCUCCCGGAGGAGAAGCAGAAGGAGGUGCAGGCCUGGAAGCAGAAGCUGUCCAAGCUCGGCAUUCAGUUCCAGCAGAACCUCUCGGAGGAAACGAUCGAGGUCAAGUUUUCGCACGACGAGCUGAAGGGGCUUAGCGACGACUUCAUCGCCGCGCUUGAGAAGGGCGACGACGGCAAGUACAAGAUUGCACUCUCGUACCCGACAGUGUUCCCCAUUUUGAACACGUGCACCGUGGAGUCAACUCGCAAGGCUGUUGAGUACGUGUUCAACCGCCGCUGCAUCUCUACGAACGUGGCUAUCCUUGAAGAGAUGUUGGAAAUCCGGCACAAGGUGGCACUGGCGCUGGGCUACGAAAACCACGCUGCGUAUGUCCUCGAGCAAAGGAUGGCAGAAUCCCCGGCGAAUGUCAAGAAGUUCCUGAACGACCUGGACAACAAGCUUGUGCCGCUUGCCAAGAAGGACCUGGACGACUUGCUAAAGCUAAAGGAGGCUGACUGCGAGCGCAACGGGUGGAAGUUUGAUGGCAAAAUCAACAUGUGGGACUUCCGCUUCUACAUGGACCAAUUCGUCAAGAAGCACUGCUCCAUCGACUCUGAAAAGCUCCGCGAGUACUUCCCCCUUACGCAUGUGACGGCAGAGCUACUGUCCAUGUACCAGGAACUUCUGAGCCUGAAGUUCGUGGAGAUUUCGCAGCCCCACGUGUGGCACAAGGAUGUCCGCAUGUUCGCCGUCUAUGAUGCACGCCCUGGUAAGGUUGGAAACCUUGUCGGCCACUUCUACUUGGAUUUGUUCCCGCGCACGGGCAAGUACGGCCACGCUGCCUGCUUUACGCUGCAGCAGGGCUGCGCCAACUCGCAGGGUGUUCGUGAGUACCCUGCCGCCGCGAUGGUUGCCAACUUUAACGCCCCGACGAAGUCGAAGCCGUCACUGCUGGGACACCAGGAGGUUGUGACGUACUUCCACGAGUUCGGCCACGUGAUGCACUGCCUGUGCUCUGAAGUGGACAUCCCUCGCUUCGCCGGCACGCGCGUGGAGCGUGACUUCGUGGAGGCCCCGAGUCAGAUGCUGGAGAACUGGUGCUGGGAGAAGGAGCCGCUGCAGCGGCUUUCCUCGCACUACGAGACUGGCGAGAAACUCUCCGACGACCUGAUCGCUCGCCUGAUCUCGACGAAGAACGCGAACACCGGUCUGUUGAACAAGCGCCAGCUGCUCUUCGCCAUCUUCGACCAGACCAUCCACUCGAAGCCCAAGUCGAACACGGCGCAGCUCCUCAAGCAGCUGCAGACGGAGAUCAUGCUCAUCGACAUGACGCCCGAGACGAACUUCGCGGGCUCGUUCGGCCACCUGGCUGGCGGCUACGACGCGCAGUACUACGGCUACAUGUGGAGCGAGGUGUUCUCCAUGGACAUGUUCGUGUCUCGGUUCAAGAAGGAGGGGCUCAUGAACCCCAAGACGGGGCUGGCGUACCGUGAGCUCAUCCUGGCGCGCGGCGGCUCCGUGGACGCCAGCGUCAUGCUCAAGGACUUCCUUGGCCGCGCGCCCAACCAGGACGCGUUCCUGCUCAGCAAGGGGCUCAAGGUCGAGGCGUAG